UAAAAAAAAAUUCUGUGCUCCCCAUAACACGAAUACUAACACGUUUAACGUUAAAAAGGAUAUGAAACCUACGUUAGCUUGACAUUGCUAACCACCACGAAUUCAAAGCGUCUGGCCAUUUGACCUCUGCAAAUAUUUGGAUGUGUGUUCUGAACUCUGAGAAAUGAAUAUGAGGAUCAGGAACAGUCAGCGACAGCAACCAGAAGUUAAGAGACAAAACCAGAAGUGGAGCAAACGAUAAAAAGCUCUGCGUUUGUGUGCAGAACAAUAAACUUCAUGAUGCUGUGCUGGUAAGAGGAAAUGCUGAGCCAGUUGGCCACUGAGAAGAAAUUAUGUUUUUCACCUGCCAGAGAACAGAGCAGCUCUCUGCCGCUCAUUGUGUGAAAGCAAUAUGGAGUUAAUACCCAGCAGCUCUUUUGAUGGGACUCAGCUGUCAGUCUGACAGAAGAAACCACCUUCACCUAUGGCCAACCUGGAAAGGAAUAACAAAAUUCUGCUGGAACUGGUGCGACAGCCCGGUAACAACUUGUGUGCUGACUGUGGAGCUCCUGAGCCUGACUGGGCCUCUUACACUAUCGGUGUCUUUGUGUGCCUGAACUGCUCGGGGAUGCAUCGUAAUAUACCUAUUAUCAGCAAAGUGAAAUCCAUACGUCUGGAUCUCUGGGAUGAUUCACUAGUAGAGUUCAUGCAGGAGAUGGGAAAUUCUGCAGCCAAAGCCAUUUAUGAGAAGUGCGUCCCUCCCUUCUUCUACCGGCCGCACCAGAAAGACUGCAUAGUCCUGAAGGAUCAAUGGAUUCGUGCAAAGUAUGAAAGAAGAGAGUUUACAGGAGAAAACAACUACUUACAAGCUUACUGCUCAGAUCAGUUUGAGUCAAUACUCUGGAAGAAGGGCAAAGACAACAAGCAGUUUUUGAAGAGGGUCUUCCUGCUCUCCCGUAAAGACUUCACCCUCAAAUACUUUACUAAAGAGGAUUCCAAGCUUCCCAAAGCUGUGAUCUCCAUGAAGGACCUGAAUGUCGUUUUCCAGCCGGAGAAGAUCAGCCACGCUCACGGCCUGCAGAUCUCCUACCUGCACGAAGAACGGACCAGAAAUCUGUUUGUUUAUCAUGAGAAGGGACAGGUGAUUGUAUCCUUGUUCAAUGCUAUUCGAGCAACACGUCUGGCUUACCUGCAGAAGAAAAAUCCCACUCUUCGAGACAAUGACUUAAUACCUCAGAUAACGAGACACUGCCUGAAGGAGGGCUACAUGGAGAAAACUGGCCCAACGCAACGGGAGCCAUUUAAGAAGAGAUGGUUUACAUUGUGCUCAAUGAACAGAAAGCUUCUGUAUUUUAAAAGUCCUCUGGAUGCCACGGAGCUGGGUGCUGUCUUCAUCGGCACAGAGAGCCACAGCUACUCUGUCUCAGAAAACGGCGGGCGGAGCACCAGGGGAAGCCGCUGGCACUGCGGCAUCACACUAAAGACUCCACACAGGGAGUUUGUGUUCAUGUGUGAUCAGGACCAGGAGCAGAGGGAGUGGCUGGAGGCCUUCAGAAAGGUCAUCGCUCAACCCAUGACCCCGGAGGACUACGCUAAUGAAGCCAACAUGAGGAGAGGGAAAUGACCGGAGCAGUUUAUCUGCUGGUCUGCAGCUGUUAAAGGACAUGAACUCGUCUUCAAAGAGAUGCCCCCAAACAUGUCAGCGAUAAUUUAAAAAAAUGGAGACAAACUCUUUAUUUUACUGGCAGAACUGUUCGACUGACACCACUGACAUGAUCGUCUCCUACACUUUGCACGGACUGCAGCAUCUGUGAUGACACCUUGUGACACCUCGGGGAAGUCUCAGCUGACAUUGCUGCACAUCAGAAGCUUGAAUUUAUUGCAUUGUCAUUAUGAAUACACUGGAAGCAAAUAUUGUAUUUAUUUAAAAUAAGGUAAAAAAGUAACAGACUAAGACUUCAUGUAUAAUUUCUUUUAAUUAUAAAUUGUUCCGUAGUUAUUUUGUAUUUUAUGUUUUAUUCAAUUUGCACAUCUUGAAAAGAUUAAGUUUCAUUUUAACUCUCUGUAUAGUUCUUUGACCUCUUUAUAAUUUGAAU